AUAGGACCGCGGUAUAUUUCAAACACCCUGACAUUGACUGUAGUUCAGUGUUUUACAUUUACAGCAUCUAGACGAGGAGGACCACGUGGAAAUUACGAGCAGCAUCAAUAUUUACCAAGCACCGUGUGUGAAAUCGACAUGGUUGAGACGUGGAUGAAAUAAUAAAGGAAAUGCUUGCUGGAAUAGACAUCCGAGAGUCUGGAUAUGGCUACUACAGGGCUACUAUCUUCCUUGCCAUGUUUGUGGGCUACACGUUGUAUUACUUCAACAGGAAGACGUUUUCUUUUGUCAUGCCCUCUGUAAUGCAGGAGAUCACGCUGGAUAAGGAUGACCUGGGUCUUAUCACUAGCAGUCAGUCACUGGCUUACGCCAUCAGCAAAUUUAUAAGCGGUAUUCUCUCUGACCAAAUCAGUGCCCGUUGGCUUUUUUCCAUCGGCCUCUUUGCGGUCGGUGGCAUCAAUGUGGUUUUCUCCUGGUCCUCCUCAGUGUCAGUGUUCGCAGGCCUGUGGUUUCUGAAUGGGCUGGGUCAGGGUCUGGGCUGGCCACCAUGUGCAAAAGUACUACGUAAGUGGUUUGAGCCAUCUCAGUUUGGCACCUGGUGGGCGGUGCUGUCCUGCAGUAUGAAUUUGGCAGGGGGUCUGGGGCCCAUCAUUGCCACAGUGAUGGCUCAGAGCUACAGCUGGAGGUCCACGCUGUCCAUCUCUGGCCUGACCUGUGUGAUCACGUCCAUCUUCUGUCUUCUGAUUAUCCGCAAUGAGCCCAGCGAAGUGGGCCUGCCAAAUAUUGAGGCCGGUCCAAAGAAAGGCAAAGGAGGCUCCAGCAGAGAUGAAAGCACAUUCAAAGACUUCAUCCUUUCUCCAUAUCUGUGGGUGUUAUCAUUGGGCUACCUGGUAGUGUUUGGGGUAAAGACUGCUUACACAGACUGGGGACAACUGUUCCUUAUUCAGGACAAGGGCCAGUCAGCAUUAAUGGGUAGCUCUUUCAUGAGCACUCUGGAGAUCGGAGGACUGAUGGGAAGUUUAGCGGCAGGAUACCUAUCAGACAGAGCCGUGGCAAAGCAAGGGCUGAGCUUAUAUGGAAACCCUCGACAUGGUCUCUUGCUCUCCAUGAUGGCUGGAAUGUGCAUCUCCAUGCAUCUCUUCCGCACUACUGUCACGGCACACAGCUCAAAUGUCUGGAUUCUUUUGUUGGGGGCGGCGUUUGGCUUCUCUUCAUAUGGACCGAUUGCUUUAUUUGGAGUUCUUGCGAAUGAGAGCGCACCAUCAAACUACUGUGGAACCUCUCAUGCCAUUGUUGCCUUGAUGGCAAACGUUGGCGGUUUCCUCUCAGGGUUGCCAUUUGGCACCAUUGCUAAACACUACGGCUGGAACAAGGCAUUCUGGGUAGCCGAGAUAACCUGCACAGUCACCACAGUUGGAUAUUUCCUGCUCCGGAAUAUUCGCACCAAGAUGGGAAGCGUACAAAAGAAAGCUGACUAAAAGUUUAUUUAAAUGUAUUUUAACUCGUUUUUUUUGUAAGGGUGCAGUCUGUAAUUACAGAAAAUUAGUGAUUUUUUUCUAUGGAUUACCUUUGGUGUUUGUAAAAUAUAUUCAUAUUCUUUUCACUAAUAAUAGAUGAAAAUAUUGAAAUAAUAUCAGCAACUUUUUGGGACUUUGCCUAUGAAAUGUUCAUGAGGCUCUAUGAGAUAUUUAGUCUCAAGACAUUCCAUUCAGAAAAGUGUUAUUUAUUUUGUAUUACAUUAAAACUGGAAGACAGUAUUUUAAGUGGUUCUGAUCAUUAAAAGCUAACGUGGAUGAAUUUUAUAAUUACUUGUCUUUAUAAAGACAUUUUCUAGCU